AGCAACAAUACAUCAGUCACUGAUUGGAGUUUCGGAGUUUAGCUUAGCAUUACCGAGAACCUGCAGAACAUCAGGGAUAGAUAGACUCGAGUGUAGUGGCACCAAUUAUAAUACAAAUAUACACAGGCCCAGCCAAGCCGCAGUACGGGCACAGGCGCUGCUUCUGUCGGACGGCUGCAGCAGCGACCGUAUAUUUAUACACUUACCGUGUAAAAAAUCAGGCCCAGAUCAGCCAGAACGAAGCAGACUCUCUCGGCCUCUUCUCCGUUCGUGCUAUAUACACACAAAACGCCUCUCACACGUAAACGCGUUUGUUGUACAGUGCCUGUCUCCUAAUGUUCGCCUGCUGUGCCUCUAUCUCUCUCGAGUAUUUGAUCAAGUAUCGGUCGACGCUCGCGGAUUUUCCGCGAUUGAAAUAAAAGUAUAUAGUGAUAGUGUCGCGUGCGCGUGCUCCAAAGAGUUGAUCUUUUUUUUCUUUUUUUUUUUAUUUUUUUUUUUUUCAUCAGUGAUGCGUGUAUAGCGCCCGAGAUUGUACAAAAAGAAAGUGUGUGGGUAUGUGGGGUGGUGUGGACGCCAUCAGUCAGUCUUAAUAAACCUGAGCCAAGAACAGCAGCAGCAGCAGCCAGCGUUCUCUCUACAUGGCGAGCAACAGUCGCUAACCUCGGCGGGCUACACGUCUGUCCGCUGAGAUACACACACCCCGCACCGAGCACUCAAGUGCAAUUAUUUGUUUAUUGCGGCUGCAUAUUAUACAUCCAAUCGCUGCUCUCAUUUAUAACAAACCUGCGUGCGAGCAUGUUAUUGUGUACACAUGUAUAUCAAGUUGACGUGUGAUUACUAUGGUUAAUUGUUUAUUUGGUUGGUUUUUUUUUUUUUUGUGCUGACCCACGAGUUCCACGACAGAUAAAGAAGUUGAGAGUUUUACGCGCACACAUCAGCUCGCCAGUGCGUGUAAUGUAAUGUUGUAAAAAAGAAUAUAUACAUACGUGUAUGUAGAGUAUUACGUAUACCAACAUCGGUUAUCAGUGCAGCAGAGAAGUCGAGUGAGUGGUUUGUGGGUGUGUGUGUGUGUGUGUGCGAGCGUGAUAAUUACACGCACAUCGUGCAGUGCACAUAUUCAUUAUGAGUAUACGUUAAAGUGUCAUUGACAAGGCGACGUGGAAAACAUGGGAGAACGACUCUUUGUGCCUUCUUAAAUCUUUUUCUUUUUUUGUUCCUCAACGUGGCUACUGCAGCAUCAUCUCGUAUACGAGCUCGAGAGAGAGCAAGUGCACGCAUUGUACACCUAUACACACCGCGCCUACUUACACUUUGUCCGUCCGAGUGUGUUUAUUCGUCGUUUGUUCAGUUCUUUAUUUAUUUUAUUUUAUUUGUGAAGUUCACAUUGAUGCAUGACUGUGUUUAACAAGACGAAAAAAGGACAAGAAACAGGAGGAUACGGAAGACGCAUGCGGGUUUUCCGCAAAUAAACCGAGUCUCUUGGAGCCUCUCUUUUGUAUUGUUAAUUAAACGCUUGGCGCGCGCUGCGUUGCUGCUGGAUUCCCGGGAGAGGAGGAGGAAACCAGAGGACAUGCGACGCGAAACGACGUGCCGCUGGCACCUGCUGCUGCUCUUGAGGUGAUGGGAAUACCACAGCCGGCAGUUGUCGUACAAAAGGUACAGCAGCAGCGAUGCAUCACCGCCACGCGUUCGACUUCUCAGUUAGGAUGAAUAUGGACGCCAGUCGAUUUUUGCAAUUGAUUGCAGUCGCGCUCGCGUGUUUGGCGUUUGGGUCCAGCGCCGAGUCCCAGCAAUGCGCCGUUGGUCUCACCACCCCUGGACGAACGUGGCCAGCGGGUGACAUAGUACUCGAGCACGGCAACUCCCUGCGGCUCUAUUGUAUCCUGAACAUGACGUACGUCGAGCAUUACUUUCCGGGCAAGGGUUCGCGAGACCUGGUGUUCUUCAAGGGCCAGCGGCAGAUGGAUCCCGAGUACAUAACGAUACUCAACGAGACGACGAUACAGCUGGACGUGAACAAGCCACCGCCCGAGAACGCCAUGUACUACUGCAAACUCAGGCUCGAUACGACCUCCAAAAAGGACUACGAGGCCGUUUGUCUCAACAAGGUCGUCGUCGGUUUCAAGCCCGAGGCGCCGAAAAACGUGAGGUGCCUGUCGCAGAAUUGGGAGAACCUGACGUGCACGUGGGAGCUGCCGCAGAACUACAUCGACACGUCGUACGCGAUAGCUUAUCGGUUGAUGGGCCGAGCCGGUAGCCGCAUGCUCCACCAGUGCCCGACGGACAGGGCGCUCCCGCCGGGCAAGGAGAGACCCCGGGACAGUUGUUUCUGGGCCUUCGACACGAAUCCCUUGUACAGACAGGCCCACGAGAACUACACGCUUUUGAUGCACGGCGGCAACGUGCUCGGCAAUUGGACCGGAUCGUAUCUGUUUCAGCACUACGCCCAUGUAAUACCGGCAAAACCGAUCAACCUGACAGUUGCUGACAAGACGUACAACAGCGCCAUUCUGCAAUGGAAAAUCGCCUUUCCGAUGGAGGACUUCCCUCCGGGUAUGCAUCUCCGAGUGUCUUACCAGAGCCACUGGGACAGCCGGGACAAGUGGAAGACAAUCAACAUUACGGACAAGGUGGUUGUGAAGGAGGGGUCCUACAACUUGUCGGGCCUCACCUACGCCAACACCAUCUACGAUGUGAGAGUCGCUUUGAAGAGCGCGUACGCCGUUGGCGAGGAUAUGUGGAGCAACUUCAGCUACGUUACCUUCCGCACUCUUCAAACCCUUCCUGGCCAGUCGCCGCGCACAGAUAUAGGUAGCUUCGAGGUCGAAGAGAAUAACCUGAACCGUGACAUCUACCUAUACUGGCAGGCCAUACCGGAGCAGCUCGAGAACGGAAGAACUUUCCGCUAUCGGUUUGCUAUCAUCAUGGAAAACAAAAUUCACAAAUAUGUACGUGCCGAGGAUUAUGCCGCGACAACGCACAUUUACGCCAAAUUUGAAGGUCUCGCGCACGACAUCGACUACACCUUUUCGAUCAUGACUUCCAACGAGUUCGGCAUUCGCAAGGAGUCAGCCAAGAUCUUCGUUCCCAGCAAGAGUUCGAAGCCAAAAGAGCCGGAGGCUUUCACGAAAAUUGCUUUCGAAGAUGGGCUGUACGAGUUGUCGUGGAAAGCACCGGCCAUUGGCAGCGCUAAUAUAAAAAAUUACACGAUAUUCUGGUGCGAGAACGAGCGAGAUCGGCCUUAUCAAUGCGAGGGCUACCUGGAGUGGGUGCACGUACCUAAAACAACCUUCAUCCACAACGUAACGGUGCCGGAUCCGCACAAAGUCUAUCAGUUUGCCAUUUCCGCAAACACCGAACACGCGAGCAGUGGCAUGGUAUGGGCCUCGUGCACUGUGAUUCACAACAAGGCAGUGAGCAAGAUGAACAGCGUCUGGAUAAACCGUGUUGAUUCCACUACCAUCGAAGUUGGUUGGAAACUCGACUGCUCCGACCGCAUUGGCAUCAUCGAGGGCUUCAAAAUCUACUAUUGUCCCAUUGUUUCACCCUACGACGUCAAUUGCAAGGGUCCCAAGCUUAAUACGACCAUCAAAACCGAUUAUAGUGGCAUUAGGGGUAAAGUGACAGGCUUGAAGCCCUAUACGACCUACAUGAUCGCCGUUGCUGUGCUCAACAAGAACGGUGAGGGCCAGCACAGCGAACCGCUUCUUGGCACAACUCUCGAGCUAAAACCAUCCGAUCCACCGCACGACGUCGUGAUAAGCAACGUAACAAACACGACGAUGCACAUCGAAUGGCGCGGGCCACUGGCCAUGAAUGGCGUGCUUCGCUAUUACAUCGUGUACUACGACCACUUGGAAAUGAAAGUCGACAAAGUGCCACGCGUUGAUCUCACGGGGCUCCGGGCGCAUCACAAUUACAGCAUCAGGGUCGCUGCGUGCACAGUACAGUGCAGCGACAAGUCCCAGCCUGUGUACGCAAUGACGGAUAUCGGUGUGCCAAAUGCACCGCUGCCGCCUACCGUCAGAUUCCUCAACAGCAGCGAGGUCAGGGUGUUCUGGAAUGAGCCACUGUUUCCAUCUGGACCGCUGGAUUAUUACCAGGUCAAGGACAACGAUAUCGUUAUGAAUAUCACGAAUACAGAGGCCAUUAUAUCCAUUCCCGACUGCAAUACGGUGGGCAGGGAGAAAAUGUACAAGUUCUUCGUCCGAGCCGUCAAUAUUGCACCAAACAACGAGCAUCUGUUUGGAAACUGGUCGGAGGCUGGUGAAGGAAACUGCUUCAGUGCUGGACCGUCUUAUGCGAUAUGGAUACUCAUCUGGAUCAUCGGGAGCAUCAGUGGCAUUGGAUUCAUCUUUUGUUUGGCGUAUUCUUCGAAGCGAAUAUGGCUUAAAUGUAAAGAGAUGCGGGAUAUAGAAAUUGAAAUUCCCCCAGGAUUAACCUCCAAUACGGCGCUCUUGAAAAAGAAAGAGCAGCACACGCGCCAGUCCUCGGCGGACUCGAGCGGUUGUUCGAGCGGCCAGGAAUCGGCCAACUCCUGCCUUACAUCGGAUUCCCAAAUUUCAAACGACAGUGGCACAGAGGUGGAUCCGAUCGCUCCCAAAGAACUCAUGAUCGACGCGGCCGUCGAUUCAUCGACGACAACAACAACGACGACGGGCUCCUCGCCCGCCGUCUGGGAAUCGUCGAGUCUGCGUCAACGUAACGUCAUAGGUGCCACGAAACCUACGAGUCUGGAUGCCACUAGGUGGGCUGAUCCAUACGUGAAAAUAGCCAAUAGCUCGACUGAACCGAUCGGAACAAACGAGCCAGCCGAUUCACUAUCCUUAGCGAGGUCCACGCCGAAUCUUAACGAAAACAUGAGCUUCGGUAACUCGCAGCAGAUGUGGACCUCUACAGGUUACUUGAACAUGUUGUCGACUGAACAGUUGCCGACCGACCCUAGUACAAAAGAAAACCCGAAUCCAGGCAGUUACAGUGUCGUCGGAACUAUGUCCAAAUCUCCUCUUCGUGGUAUGUCUGAAAAAGAGUCGGCGUCACCAGUAAAGACGAAAACAAACGAGUCCAGCGUUAAACCCACGUCAAAUCCUUACGUGAGUCUUGCCUCAUUGGAACAAAAGACGAAGGAUAGCGGUGCCCCAAAAACCUUGGACUCGAUGAGGGUCCUUAACGAACUUGGCUUCAACACUCCAAAGCCGUUCGAUAAGCCUUACGUCCAGCACGGCUUCCGCGAUUUCCCAAAGUCCACGUUGCCUUACGAUUCCACACACCAGCGGUCUUCGCUCACGAUCUCCGCACAACAGCAGCAGCAACCCAGCUUCUUUGCUCAAACUUCACUUGCGGAGGAUCUGACGAACAAACUCAUAGCGCCCGUGUUGAUGGAGUCAAAGCCCUACGUAGCUUUAUCCGAGAUUCCCGAGAUGUUGACGAGAAAUCCGGAUGUUCCGAUGCCGUCCACGUCAACAACGACUACGCACAAACCAUACGUUGCUAUAAGCCAGCUACCGACGCUUCCGCGAACAACGAUAAUGAUGUCGACGGAGCGCGGAAGUGAAAAAGAGAACGAAACGAAGCCGUCCGUAGACAGUACUGCUUUCCAGAUUCUACCAGACUCCAAUACUCCGUCCAUCACUAAUUGCGAUGCUGACGAGAGCCAACAGACAAACGGAUUCUGUUAUCCAUCAACGGAUAUUGAAGUCAAAGACGGUCUGUCGUUAGAUGGCUUGCUGUCAAAUUCCCCGACGCCGUCGCUUGAAUAUGAUUGGGACUCGAGUCCCGAAAUCUCGCCAUCGCACAGUCCGGCAGAACUGCAGCAGCAGACGCAACCGCAGUUUCAAAAAUCGUCGACGGGUUACGUAAAGAUGCCUGAACAACAAAUUUUGCCUGGCGCGCGUUUUGUUAAACUGCCGCCAACGUCGAUUCAGAAGCAACAGGAACAUCAGUCGACGACCGACGAACAGUCGUACAGCAAAGUGGCGGUUGUGCCGCAUGUACAAUGAACUGAACUUAAUGAAGAAUAGUGCGUGGCCUUCUCAAGUGUAUAGUCGAGAAAUAAGGAUUUUGACUCUCUUAUGAGCCUCGAAUCUUUCUUUCACUGAUAAUGUUUUUUUUUUUUUUUUUAUUUAGUUUUUUUUGCAGCUGCAAACUGAAAGUGAACGGCUUGAAGUAUUUUAGCGAUUUUUUCGUGGAAAUGUGAGUAAGAGUAUUUGUGGAUGUGAGUGAGUGCGUGGGUGUGUAGAAAAAGUGGGAGAGGGUGCAUAUAAAAAAAAUGUACAACAACCGAGGAUCGGUUUUUGUUAGUUAAAUUUUUUUCUUGUAAUAAGAAAUCUGCUAAGUUGUCAAUUGUAAAUCAUCUCAAUGUACAUGUAUAUUUAUUAUCAUAGUGCCUCAUUUGUGUAUAUUUUGAUAUAAAAACGUAGAUAUUUCUAUUGUUGAGGAAAUGUUUUAAUUCGUAAAAAAAAAAAAUAGUAAAGUUAAGUGGACGUAAGCUGUAAGAUUAAACCACAUAAAAAAAUAGAUUUUUUUAUUAGCCAGAGAUAAAUAUAAUCAACUUUUUGAAACUCGAUAUUUUCAUAUUAGCAAAUUUUUAUAAAUCAAAAAUAAAUAGUUGAUUUAUUUGAUUCAAUAGCUAAUGUAAAACUUUGGGUGCAAUUGAUGACGAAUUGCUUUUUACAUUAAUUGGAUUCAAAGUUUUGAACUUGCUUAAGUAUCAAGUAACUCAACUUUAAUUUUUAAGUGUAUCAUUUUUAUAUGAAAUGGAUAUCAGAUGAGUUUCUAAAAAUCAACGAUUCACUGAUGUCGAGAUUA